AUGUCAGCAGACCAAGACCCUAUCAUCAGAGAUGAGGAAGAAGAUAGACAAUAUGCCCAGGAGAGCUUUGAAGAUGAUGAAGACUAUGAGUAUCCUACUGAUAACCCAGCUACCAGUCAGCCUCAAAAUCUUCCUGAUUCUCUUCCAGAGAACCCUAUAGACCAAAUGAGCAUGGUCAAGAACAUGACCACCGAGCAACUAAACGAGAUGCUUGCUAAGAUUAGAAAAGAGGGAAAUCUUCAGCCUCAAGAUUCUACCACACAGGAUGAAAUGGUUAAAGAUCUUGAAGAGGAAGGAACUGAAAGAAUUGAAGAGCAACAUCCAAAUGGAGAAAGACUUAUUGAUCCAGUCCCUGAAACUAAAGAAUUAGAUAUGAAAAUGGGAAGAAUUCUUAUGCAGAUUGCUGAAUAUAGAACUAAGCCUAUUGAAAGCGAGACUGAAUAUGAAGAAGCUGCUGAUCUUUUCCUUGAGCUUAAUACGAUCCUACUCGAGCCAGAAGGGAAACAAAUAUUUGAACUACACAAAGGACUCGAGCUUAUGAUGAUCUUAUAUAGAAAGCAAAGAAAUUUACGAUCAUUCAUUAUUAAAAGUCUUAAUUUUGCACUUGAACAAAGAGCCAAGCUCUGCUCUAAAUUUAUUGAAAUGAGUGGAUUGCCAGUCCUAUUCUCUUUCUUCAUGAGAAAAGAUUCACAAAAGAAAAAGAAAAAAGCUUAUGUAUAUAAACAGGACCAAGAUGAAAUCGAAGAGGACGAGCAAAGUUGAAUCUCAUUGAUCUCCAACCUGCUCAGGAUUACCAAAGGAGUUGAAUUUGACAGAGUAUUUUAUAAAUUCAAAGAGAACAAAUUUGAGAAAAUAGAUAGGCUUAUCGAGCUUCAUAAAUACUACACUAAUAAAGUUAGAACUACUCCUGAGGAAGAGGAAGAUGACGGAUACUUCACACUGCAAAUUAUAGACUUUGUGAUUAUAUUCUUAAUAAACUUGAAAGAUUUUGACAUUGAAGAUCAUUUCAAACUUCUCUUAGAAAUGCAUGGAAUUAACAAAAUUGAUAUCCAAAAGGUAUCAAUGGCGUAUACAAAGACAUUUGGAUUAGAAGAGAAGGGGCAAAGUGAUGCCAUGAAUCAACAACAAGAAGACCAAUUCAGAUCUGUCAGUGUGAAUCCUUCUGAGUCUGAAUCAGAAGAGACUAUUGGAAACAAGAGAAUCAAGCUUGAUGAGCAUACUUUGAAUACUGACAAUCUCAAAUAAUUAUUUGUUUCAACCUUCAGGC